CGUGACCCGGCCACGCCCACUAAGUGUCAGAAGCUGGAUCUGCUCCUCCGUUUCCUUGGAAGACGUGAACCCUGGAGGUAUUCUAUUAUUGAAACUUACAAAUUGCACAUAAAAUACUGUUAAAACUUGUGGAAUCGAUUGCCAAAGCGAUACUCGGAUUGUAUAAUGUCAACAAACUGCAUCCUCACUUCACUGCCAGAGGAACAUUUCCGCUGUUCGCUCUGUCUGGACCUCUUCACUGAACCCGUCACCACACCAUGCGGUCAUAACUUCUGCAGGACCUGCCUCAGCCAGCGAUGGAGCGACGGCGAUUGUCACCAGUGUCCAAAGUGUAACAAAAGAUUCCCCGUGAAGCCAGAGUUCUCCACAAACGAAGUCAUGGAGGAAAUGUCGGUCCAACUAAAGAGACGGAAAACCGAGGCACUCGAAAGCGAAAACGCUCCGUGGCAGGUGAAUUGCGACGUGUGCGCGGAUUUGAGGUUCAAGGCGUCCAAGUCGUGCCUGGUGUGUCUGGCGUCGUACUGUGACGGACACCUGGAGCCUCACCGGAGGGUCCCCGCCCUGAUGAGACACAAGCUGGUGGAUCCGCUGGAGAACCUGGAGGAGAGGGUUUGUGAGAAGCACGCCAGGAUCCUGGAGUUUUUCUGCCGGCGGGAACAAGCGUGUGUCUGUCUGCUGUGCUGCGAAGCAGAACACAGAGACCACGAGACGGUACCUGUUGAAGAGGAGGGGGCUCUGCAGAAAGAAACCAUUGAUUCCCACCAAACAAAGAUCAAACUCAUGAUUGAUGAAAGAAUGGAAAAGAUUGAAGAAUUUCAAAAAACCUCAGAAAUGAGCAAAGUAAAAGCAGACAACAUAGUUGAGGACGGUGAUAAGCUGGUCAGUAUUCUAAUGGAUGGAGUUCAAGAGAUUCAAAGCAAACUGCAGUCAAACAUUGAGAAAGAAUUGAGAAAAUCCAAGGAAAAUGUCCAGGCGAUGAUUCAGGAGCUGAAAGAGGAGGUUGCAGCUCUGCAGAUGAAACACUCUCAACUAGAUGAACAAAAGGAGGACAACCUUAGACUUCUACAGACUUUGCAGACUCUGAACACCAUGUCAAAAACCAAGGACUGGUCCGAGACCAAGGUUUACCCAGAUCUGUUUGUUCACACAACGAGGACAGUCAUGGAACAUCUCGUCAGUGGUUUUCAAUCAACACUAAAAACACUGACAAACAUGGAAUUGACCAAAAUGAGAGAAUACAAAGAAUCAGUGACCUUCGAUGAAUCCACUGCUGGGGCUGGUCUUAUAAUAACGGAUUCUGGGAAACGUCUUAAGUACUCAAAAACCGCAAGGUCACCAACACCGUCUUCCAAAUCACAAAGGUUUGCUCUACCCAUGGUGUUUGGAACGAAUGGCUUCGUCUCUGGUCGGCACUACUGGGAGGUUCAGGUGGGCCUGAGAAACAACUGGGAUGUCGGUGUCGCCCUGGAAACGGUUGAUAGAUCACAAGAUACUGUGAACAAAGAGAGUGGAUUCUAUUUUCUAGGAAAGUCUGGUUUUGAUUAUGAAGUUAGGAAUGCAGCCUGUAAAGUUCUCCAUCUCAGUCCCAGGCCAACACACGUGGGGGUGUACUUAGACUACGACGCAGUCCCUGAUCCAGGAUACUACCUUCGUCUCAUUCGCCGUCCUAACCAAGCUAAAAAACCAGCUGAAUAG